UGAUUUACUCCUCAGUUUGGUUCUUUCCUUUUCAGGGGUCACACACAACACCUAAGGCUGGUUUGAGAGAAGCAUUCGAAGCGCCAUGUCCUCUCGAUCUAUAACUAUAGUGUCCUCUGGACGAAGCGCAGGGCCGGACUACAGCGGGAGGAGGAUGCACGCUCCGCGGCUCUCCUCACAGCCCAAACUCCCGCUGGAGGAGGAGGACAGGGAGUCUGGCAUCGGCUCCACCCUUGACCUCAGCAGCAGCAGCUCUGAGCGCUGCAGCCAACAUACCAAUCACCGCCUCAACAAACCUUCACUAAACCAGGCAGAGACAACCCCCAGAGAGAAAGACAGCUCUCCUCAAACCUCAGCAGUGAGCCCAAACAAGAUCAAGCUGCUUCUUAUCAGUCUGUCCAAGAUACCUCUUCUCUUCAUCCUCCUCUUCCUCUUCGUUUGCUCCUUGGACACCCUGAGCUCUGCCUUCCAGUUAGCAGGGGGUAAAGUGGCAGGGGAUAUUUUCCAGGACAACGCGGUGCUGUCAAACCCCGUGGCAGGCCUGGUGGUGGGCAUCUUGGUCACUGUGCUGGUUCAGAGCUCAUCCACCUCCACCUCCAUUGUAGUCAGUCUGGUGGCCUCCGGACUGUUGGAAGUGAGCUCGGCCGUUCCAGUCAUAAUGGGCACCAAUAUUGGGACUUCAGUCACAAACACCAUCGUGGCCAUGAUGCAAGCAGCGGAGAGAGCCGAGUUUCAGCGUGCCUUUGCCGGAGCGACGAUCCACGACUGCUUCAACUGGCUGUCGGUUCUGGUUCUGCUGCCUCUGGAGGUGGUGAGCGGGCUCAUGACCCGACUAUCCCACCUGCUGGUCUCCAGCUUAAAGCUCCAACCAGGAGAGGAAGCACCUGAGCUACUGAAAGUCAUCACUGAGCCAAUCACCAAACUCAUCAUACAGCUAGACAAGUGUGUGAUCACAGGGAUCGCCAUGGGAGAUGAGGACAUGAGGAACAGGAGCCUGGUGAAACGAUGGUGCCACAGCCAGACUGACCUGGCUAUGGUUGCUGGUAAUGGGAGCACUGAAAACUGUGGCCCCGCCCACGACUUGCUGUGGUCGUUGCGUGUCAAUUGUACACAUUUGUUUGCGUCUACGGAGCUGUCGGACCUCACGGUGGGCCUUAUUCUCCUGGCAGCAUCCCUGGCUGUCCUCUGCACAUGUCUGCUGCUUCUGGUCAAGCUGCUCAACUCCCUUCUGGAAGGCCAAGUAGCAAAGGUCAUCCAUAAAGUUAUUAACACAGACCUGCCAUAUCCGUUUGGGUGGCUCUCAGGAUACAUUGCCAUGCUUGUGGGUGCAGGGGUGACAUUUGUGGUCCAGAGUAGCUCUGUCUUUACUUCUGCCAUGACCCCACUGAUAGGUAUUGGAGUUAUCAGCCUGGAGCGGGCCUAUCCUCUCACCCUUGGGUCCAACAUCGGUACCACUGCCACAGCCCUACUGGCAGCUUUGGCCAGUCCUGGGAAGAAACUUGCAACUGCUAUACAGAUUGCUUUGUGUCACCUCUUCUUCAAUGUGUUUGGCAUUCUGCUGUGGUAUCCUCUUCCAUUCAUGCGCCUACCGAUAAGAAUGGCUGGUGUCCUGGGUGAGCGCACUGCCAAGUAUCGCUGGUUUGCAGUCUUGUACCUGCUGGUCUGCUUCUUGCUCCUUCCUUCGUUGGUGCUUGGCCUAUCAUUGGCCGGCUGGCGGGUGAUGGCCGGUGUUGGGGCUCCUUUCUUGGGUGUUACCAUCUUCAUUGCCAUGGUGAAUGUGAUGCAGGCGCGCAGCCCCCGUCAUCUUCCCGCCAAGCUCCAGAACUGGGACUUCCUGCCCAAGUGGAUGCGCUCUCUCAAACCGCUUGACCGCUUGAUCACCAAGACGACAGUCUGCUGCAGCUUCACAUGUGACGAGGGUCAAGGAGAAAAUGAAGAAGAAGAAGAGCACAUUGCAACUGAGACACCAUCUGUCAACACACAGAAAGAGUCUGCUGAGAGGAAGGCGCAGCUGGCUUAUAACAACCCAGUCCUGGAAUACCUGGAUGAGAGCAGGCCAGGUGUCCCAGUUUUUAAACUGAAAGGCUUGGAGAGGUGCCACAGCACUCCACUGUAGCUGGACAUAUCUAUGUUAUACUCCAUUUUGUCAAUAUUGUCAAAGGAGAAGGUUUUUGAUGAGUAAUUAUGUAAUUCUUUGGAUGUAAACCCAUUUCUGACUACUGAUUGACUGACAAUUUGAAAGGAUCUCUCAAAGCUUAGUGCAAGAACUUUAGUUCAAAAGACAUCAGCUGAAAACGAGCUCUGCGGACCAAACAGACCACUAAAACUCACAAUCCAUUAAGUAGCUGUUCUGGAGUUAUCCACUAUCCCACAUAAUGAUCAUUAAACACUCUUAAGUUUGUCAUGUUCUCAUGAAAACGUGGAUGUUCACAUUUCCAUUUUUACUGAGCCCUUCAAGGUCAUCUCCUUCAUGUUCAAGUGGACAAACUGGGCAAACUCUAUGUGCUAAUGAAUAUCAUGUUGCAUAAUCAAAAACUCCUACUACCAAACAGCAACACAGUGAACUUUGAGGUUAUUUUUCUGUCACUAAAACAUUAGAGGUACAGUGUGGUGGUGUAGUGCUGUGGCAAAAACUUGGUCCUCAUUUGGUUUGUGCACAUGCAUGAGCAAGCAUGUCAGAAGAUCAUAGGAUGUAUAUUAAAGAAGGAUGUAGCGUCUAACAAGUGACGCCAAGGCAGAAGUGACUUAAAUAUGCUUUUAUUUUUUUUUAUUUUGGCCAACAAGGAGCAUUUGUUAAAGAAGUCAGACUGCAUAAAAGUCUAUGAUGGACACAA